AUGCCGUUUUAUCCUCCUUCCUCCUCUCAUUCAGACACCUACCACCAACAAUCCAAGUACUGUAAAUACCCUUCUUCAUCCAACACUUUCUGCCUUUCGUUUCAGAUGAAUGGGACCACCUGGCUAGAGACAGAGGCUCCUAAUGUGGUCGAAUCGGGAGUGUCCGAGUCACUUGGUGGUGAUGAGGGACUGACUACUCGUCAAUCUGCAUGUUCAUCGACUACGCCUCACAAUAUUAGGACUCCCGAUUCUCAGUUCUACUUCAGCAUCGUGGUAUUUGGCGUCGGGGAGUCCAUUUUUCGCGUGCCGAGACAAGCAUUCGAAGUUCCAGGGACUGUAUUUGAAGCCAUCUUUUCGAUUCCUUUGUCGUCCAGCGACACAGACGCAGUGGAAGGGCUCAGUGAUGAGCACCCUAUUGUCCUCGAUGGAAUCGAAGAAGAUCAUUUUAGGGGGUUCCUCGGCGCCUUGUAUCCGUUCGCUAAAGUUGUGACAUACAAUGACUGGGUUGGGGCGCUCCAUCUCGCCACGAUGUGGGAAUUCAAAGAAGUCAGGGAAAAGGCGAUAUCCGGCAUCUCUUCCAUGCUCGCUGAAAAGACUUCGGUCGAGAUUGUCCUGUUGGCCAAGAAGUACCGCGUCGUCCAUUGGUUAAGAGACGCAUACACUCGGCUGGUUGAACAGCGCACUCUCACACUUGAAGACGUCCGAAGCCCAUUCACAUUGGACUCCGAAACUGCGUUAAAGAUAUUUUACAUUCGCUCUGCGAUGCCCUAUAAUAUUCAAGCACACAAACCACAAUGCCCUUACUGUGCUCCGUCAGGAAUUAAAUCGAUCAGUGUAGCCGAAAGAAAAGCUCUAUUCGAGGACGUUUUCAGAGCAGAAUUCGACACUAUAACACCUACCGUGCACCACAUUGAUCCUCUGCUUCCAGGUAAGCCCCAAGUACGCACGGUAUCGGGCAAAAAGAAGUCGAAGAAGUCGGAAGGGUAG